UGUGAAGGUGCAUGGAAACAAGGAAGCAUGGGAUUAGCCACCAACGGCACCAGCUUGCUGAAAUGUCCAUGGCUUCCCCGCCACUUUGUCUUUGUGUGCCUAUUUAUAAUUUUUACUUGAUUUUCUCAACACCCCAUCCAUCUGUGUGCCUAUUUCUCUCCUUCACGCCUAACAUAACCAAUGGCCAGCCUUGAAAAUGAGAAAACUGUGGUGGGAUGGGCGGCCAGAGACCCCUCUGGAGUCCUAUCACCUUAUACUUACACUCUCAGGAACACAGGACCGGAAGACGUUCUAAUUAAAGUUAUUUGCUGUGGAAUUUGCCACACUGACCUCCACCAAAUCAAAAAUGAUCUUGGCAUGUCGAACUACCCAAUGGUUCCAGGACAUGAAGUUGUGGGAGAGGUGAUUGAAGUGGGUUCAGCUGUCACCAGCUACACCGUUGGCGACGUUGUUGGUGUUGGAGUUAUCGUCGGAAGCUGCCGAAACUGCCGCCCAUGUAACUUGGAUAUCGAGCAAUAUUGCAACAAGAAAAUUUGGUCUUACAACGAUGUCUACACUGAUGGCAGGCCCACCCAAGGUGGCUUUGCGGAGUCCAUGAUCGUUGAUCAAAAGUUUAUAGUGAAAAUCCCAGAAGGGAUGGCACCAGAACAGGCUGCGCCACUUUUAUGUGCCGGUGUGACAGUGUACAGCCCUCUGAGUCACUUUGGAUUGAAACAAAGUGGGCUAAGAGGAGGAAUUUUGGGGCUUGGAGGAGUAGGGCACAUGGGGGUGAAGAUAGCCAAAGCGAUGGGACACCAUGUCACUGUGAUUAGUUCUUCUGAUAAGAAAAGAGCAGAGGCUUUGGAUCAUCUAGGUGCUGAUCGAUACUUAAUUAGCUCGGAUGCAACUCAAAUGCAAGAAGCAGCUGACUCACUUGAUUAUAUAAUUGAUACUGUGCCUGCUUUUCACCCUCUUGAGCCUUACCUUUCUUUGUUGAAGCUCGAUGGGAAGUUGAUCUUGUUGGGCGUCAUUAACACUCCCCUGCAGUUUGUCACCCCCAUGGUUAUGCUUGGGAGAAAGACUAUCACAGGGAGCUUCAUUGGAAGCAUGAAGGAAACAAGGGAAAUGCUUGACUUCUGUCAAGAGAAGAAAUUGACUUCCACGAUUGAAGUUGUGAAGAUGGAUUAUGUGAACACAGCACUGGAGAGACUCGAAAAGAACGAUGUUCGAUAUCGAUUUGUUGUGGAUGUUGCAGGAAGCAAGUUUGAGCAGCAACACUGACAUUGUUUCAUGUCGAAUGUGAAUUUGUUUCCAUUUUCUAUAUUUCCUUUCCACUUCUGUUUUGUUGUCGGAGAAAAAAUGGUUUUCUUGUUGUUUUCUUUCGGUAAUUAAAAGAAGAUGAGGUAUUUCUCUCAUAAAGUUACCUUCAA